AGCAGGAUUGUUACGAAGUGUCUGGAUUGCAGAGGACACCAGAGGGAAUCAGUAUUAAUCAACAUCAUAUUUAGCCACUUCUACCUCUGCUGACUUCAGCUUUACAGGAUAUUGCAUCAGCGACGCGUAUCUCGGCCGCCAGCGCGAUCCCCCGUGGCCCGGUCGCUCCCCCGACAUUGCCAAAUCCGGUUCAUCUCGCGCCCCGUCAGAACCUUACUCAUCGGGUGCUUGCCGGUAUGUACCACCAAGGCGGACGUGUCGAGACAGAUGCGCCGGAGAUGGCGGCUGCUCGUGGGCAGAUUGCGGCCAUCCAGCGACAGCAUCGUGUCCAGCGCCGUCACGGUGAACAGCCGUCGCAGACCCCCACCAUGAGUGGUUUGUUCCGUCAAGAACAGCCGGCGGAUGUUGGGGAUGGCCUCCCCCCGUCUGCACAGCCUAGGCAGAGCCCCGCGGAAGACGACGAUGACAAUUCGCAGGCUUCCCAACCACAGCUCCCCCGACCUGGGCCGGUGCCCUCGCGCCGCCCUCGGUCGUCGUCGUCGCAAUCCCGUGGUCGGCCGCGUGGCCGUCCUCGACUUGGUCGGAUGCCAGUGGGCCGGCCGUCCACUAGAGGCCGUCGCGCCGCAGUAUCUGCGCCCCCUCGCCGCGACUUCGACGAGCCCGGCCCACGGUUCUCGGGUGACGAUCAAGAGGCGCCAUUAUCAUCAGAAGACAUCGCCAUCAAGAGAGAAUUUGACGAGGCGCUCGCCGCUGAGGAUAUGAAACGAUUCCAAGCUCACUCGGCGAGACUCGACGACAAAGGGAGGGGCGGUCCCUGGCGUUGCGGGCCUGGUCGAGUCAUGGCUCGGCGCUUGAUAGGCGGCGCCGGGGACAGGGAGUGCCCUCGCUCCACUCAGCCCAUCCACAAAAUGACCGAAUCGGCGCCGUCCGGAUAUCUCGGGAGCCCGUCGACUGCCGGCACUUGCCACUUGGCGGCUGUUGUUGAUUCGCCGUCUUGUGCUUGGUCUGCGAGAGAAAGUGCUUGUUUUUGAUGGGAAAGACGGCAGCUUAUGACGGUCGCCCCUGAGGGCUU